UAGGCCCUGAAUAAUCGAUAGUGCAUCAUCUCUGGCUGUCGUCUUCCAUCGUUAUGGGGUCUUAUAGUGCCUAUACCUAUCUGAUUCCUUAUUGAUGGCAACUUUUUCAGGUGAAGCAAGACAUUACCAGGUGGCGUUACAAACUAUUGUAUUUUUUCCCCCCUUCAUAUUCUGCUGCCAUCAAUCAAUCAAAGGCUAGAUGACAAAUAGGUUUUGUUACUAAACGAGGUUAUGUAGGUAUAUAGUACCCACUACCUAUAAUGGCCGCCGUCUCUUACUCCUUUUUUUUUCCCCUUUUUCACAUCGGGAGUUUUUGGGGUCGAGUAAAGAGCGCGUGCUGUUUAAAGGAGUAGCAGCGGAGCACACCUGGGCGAAGAAUGCACAAAGGAGAGUGCCGAGUGGGUUGUAUUGAUUUUUUGGGCGUAACCGUGCAACGCGCGCUGCUCCCGGAGAGACUAGCUCCCGUUUCGUGACUGGGCUGGUCUCUUCGUUGUUAAGGACGUCACAACAAGGUUGCGUAAACUGACUCGAUAUAAUUUUUACCCGUUAUAGUAUAUCUUAAGCGUCGUGCUGUAAUUAUUGAUUUCGUGUCGGCCAUGGAACAGCAUGCAGAUCCUUUUUCUAUACAUUUCAAUAUAUCAGGCCGCUGCUGCGCGGGCGUCACCAAAUAGUUGCGGGUCACCAGGAACCUUCAACGGUCUGGAAAAAUUAGACCUACACUAUAAAAAAGAAGAGAGCUAUCUAGCUUAUAUAUAUUCUGACGGCGAAAAAUAGAUAUGAUUUCUAGUGUGAUUGUCGUCCAGGAAGGAAAUAUAAGUGGGCCUUGGUUACUAUACAGCUGGAAGCGAUGGUGCAUCCAACCGCGAGGAGCGGCGGAUGUAAUCAAGACGACCCAGCCAUGAAAUGAUAAGUCGGCUUGUGCAAAUUCCAAGUGAUGCUGUCUGGAUAGAAAUCCAAGUAAGGCGAUGCUGUCAUAGUGACGAGAGCCGAUGGAAAAUGCCAUCAAUUAUGGAGACAAAUGAUUACGAUAUGCGGAUGCACAGGGCCCUGCAUCAGUAUUACUAAUAUCCAAGUUGCCUUCGGGCGCAAUCAAUAUUGGAUGGCUUCAUAGAAAAGCAGACCGUAAUAAUGAUGCCUGCAUGAGCCUAGAUGGCAUAUACCCGUCGAGUACCUCUUUUUAAUUAAGAUAAGUGAAGAUAAGAUUGCAAUACCGAGAACGACUCUGCUGCUUGGCAGCGGUGUGCUUCAACAACAACAACUUUUGAGAGAGAUUCGACCAACGGCCGUUUGACAGGACAGUCAAAGGGUUCUCGUUGUUGGCCAAUUAGCCAGCAGCACGAGCCCCUCUCAUUUUUCUAUACUGCGCAGCAUUUCGUGUUAUUUCAUUAGCCGAAUGGUACACAUCAGCUUGCGUGUUGUUUCGUCAGCUGGGCGACAAAUGCGCAUGCCCCGCCCAUAAUUAAAAGCGACCGCAAAGACAACCAACAUUUCUAUGUCUUAGAUUGUCUUACCCAUCUACACAUUCCUUUUUGGAUGUAUAGUACAGAAAUCAAAGCGGAGACUUGGUGUGUAGCAACAGGUCGUCGAAGACCUCGAGUGAUGAUGACAGAAACAGAGAAAAUAUACGACUGGUGGUUUUGUUGACGACUGCGCGCCACGUUGAAGCUGUUGCACCGCCCAGCUGCUGCUGGUGUAGUAGUAGUAGUAGACCGAGUCUGUUGGCUGCCUCUCUCUCCUCCUCCCUAUAUUUGGCUGGCAGCAGUUGCUCUCGCAUUCAUCCCGCAGUUCACAGUGCUACGAACCUUGACAGAGUGAUCGCGGCUGUUGAUCGCUCUCAUGUUCUCCCGCUCUCAGCCACCGACCAGGAUUAUUAGAUCUAUUCAGCAGCGUUGAAAAUUCCAACCAGCUAGAAAAUGUCUUACUCGUUCCGUCAUGGUGGUAAGAAUCAAUCGACUUCAUCAUCUUCUACUUCUACGACGAGCGGAGGUCACCAACGAAUUGCUUACGGCAGUCGAUCGACCAGCACGGGAACGCCGCCGCAGACGCCGACCAUUCGCGUGACAUCACCCGUGCCGGACGUCGUCGGAAUGAUUGACAUUUGGGAUCCGGAAGUUGUCGAAGAUGAGCCGCCGCCGCCGUCGUCGUCGUCGUCGUCGACCACUUCUCCCAAGGCCUACAGUUUCCGCUACAAAGAGGAGAAACAGCACAAGCAGCGCAAACAUCACGCGACGGAGAAUAACAAAACGAAUUUCUCCGAUUCCGCCAUGCAAGCCGAUCCUGUUGAAUUGAUGGAAUCGCCGUCCAGCACAGCGCAACAGCCACCGGUAGCAGCAGCACAACAACCGGCGAUCGAAGCGACAGUCAUUUACGUCAAUCAAAUCGGCGACGCCCUGAGUCCCAUUGACGACGACGGGCUCAAAACGGCCGGCGAGUCGGAAGAAUCUUCCGACUGCGAAGAAAUCAGUCAGAUCAGUGCCGUCACUCAGAUUCCGCGUGGCGAGUCCAGCCAGCAUCAGGAGCCAUCAUCGCCGCUAGUUGCCGAGGAACCGGCUGAUCCGUUGAUCCCGAUAACAGAUCCAGCAGCGAUCCUGCCGGAAGAAAAGACUCUUCCGGUGGUGGCCAGCCACUCGCCUCAACGCAUCAUUUGGGAGGAGAUGGUCUCGCCAUCAUCAGAGGCCGGUAAACCGGUGAAACGCGUUCAAUUCAGUCGAUCCUUAAGUCUGGUGCCGGGAUCCAGCGCAGCUCAACAGACGACAUCCGUCGAAGGUGCCGACCAGCGCGGCGGAGUCGGAAUUAUCCGACCCGGUGCCGGAAGGCGAUAUUCCAGUUUGGAUUCGGGCAGCAACCCGGUGAGUAGCCACGACAUUUUCCCGUCGAUGCUCACCUUUAUCGGCGAACAGCAGCAUCACCAACCAUCAGCAGCGAUGAUUUCCGAUCGGAAAAUGUUGAGUCCGACUCCGGAGUCGGCCCUGGAGAGCGCCCAGUCGCCUCAACAGGAGAGCCAGGAGUCCAUCGUGGCGGCCAAGAUGGACCAAGAUGAGCUGAACGAGUUACAAUCGAGAGCCGACGAGCCCGACGGCACAAUGACGACGUUAUCAGUGACUGUCGAGGAGGUGGGUGUUGAAGGGAUGACGAAUCAGCACGAUCCGACUUGCGAUCUCUUCGACCGGCUAAACGCUCUGAAAAACGACGAGGAACUCAUGGAUUUAGCGACGGGAUUCGUUCUCCAGUUGCUUCGCUCAGCUCAAGAAGAGACGCUCAGACGCGGUCACGUAGCCAGCAAGGUAUCGACAUUUCAAAUGGAGCAGAAGAGCAAAUUAAGUCUCGAAUUGCAACAUGUCGCCGUUCCGAAAGGGAGACACAACCGAAAAUGGUACAGCCGACUGCGAAUGCUUUUAUUACGAACUUUGACCUGCACUUGCGUACCGACUCACCCCAACAUCCAAUCACCUUUGUCCAACUAAUCCCUGAGCAGCGCUGGGGGGAAAAAAGAAAAGAAACAAUGUGCUGGUUGCUUGCUUGCUGCUGCUGAUGUGAGUUUGACAAUGUUCAGCGGUCGAUAUUAUAUAGAAGAGGAGCUCACAUGGCCGCGCACGUCUUAAAUGUAACAUGUCUAACCCUUUGCGAAUUACCCGAUCAAUUAUCAAUCGAGAUUAUCAACCACCUAUAAUAGAACACCCUGACCCGGAACACUUUAAUUUUUUUUUAAAUUAUCAUUUCAAAAUAUUGAUAUUAUAAACUCCCUACCGUUUAAUUCUAUACCAUUUAUACGUGAAUCGAGAAUUGAUGUCUGCAUAUAUCAUGUCGUUAUUGUGUUGAUGAUGG